AACAAACCCUACCCCCAAAAUCCGCACCGCCUUUCUUUUCUCUUGACCUUCCUCUCUUCCUUCUUCUACAUUCCGCCACCGCCGCCCGGUGUUGUAUCCGCUUCUUCUGCCGGUGGUCGCCGCCGCCGUCGUUUCAAUCUUUUUGGCUGAGCGGAGCGGACUCUGUUCAUCACUUUUUCCAGACCAGAGAAAAAAAAUAAUAGCGAAAAAUAAAAAGUGAUUUGUGGCAGUGGAAGGACCUAGGAGUAGUGUUGUAGGUUUUGUUGGUUGGGUUUUUGAACAGUAAAUGCAUAGUAAGCCCUGUGAAAAAUCCGUAAACAAACACGAGGUUGUAACUUAUAAGGCUGCUAAUUGAAUCGGCUGAUUAUUUGGUCGAAUUUGUGGCGAUGGAAAUUGAAUUGGGGAAGCUUCCAUUUGACCUUGAUUUUCAUCCUUCAAGUAAUCUCGUUGCUUCUGGUUUGAUCUCCGGUGACCUACUUUUGCAUCGGUAUGUGGCGGAAUCGACGCCGCAAAGGGUUAUGGAAGUGAAUGCUCAUACUGAAUCAUGCAGAGCUGUCCGUUUUGUCAAUGAAGGGCGUGCAUUAGUCACCGGUUCUCCAGAUUGUUCCAUUCUUGCCACAGACGUUGAAACAGGUGCAGCUGUUGCGCGGCUUGAGAAUGCUCAUGGUGCUGCUGUGAAUCGAAUCGUUAACCUGACGGAAUCAACCAUUGCUUCGGGAGAUGAUGAAGGUUGCAUUAAGGUAUGGGAUACCCGGCAACAAUCUUGCUGCAACACUUUUCAGGUUCAUGAAGAAUACAUUUCAGAUAUCACAUUUGCCUCAGAUUCGAUGAAAUUGAUUGGAACAAGCGGGGAUGGCACUCUAUCAGUUUGCAAUUUAAGAAGCAACAAGGUUCAAACCCGUUCAGAAUUCUCCGAGGAUGAACUACUUUCUGUUGUGAUUAUGAAGAAUGGUAGAAAAGUUAUAUGCGGAACUCAAACCGGAACUCUUUUGUUGUACUCGUGGGGAUUUUUUAAGGAUUGCAGCGACCGAUUUGUUGAUCUCUCUCCUAGUUCCGUUGAUGCCCUGCUGAAGCUUGAUGAAGAUAGAGUAAUCACGGGCUCUGAAAAUGGAAUUAUCAGCUUGGUCGGCAUACUGCCCAACAGAAUUAUUCAGCCAAUCGCUGAACAUUCUGAAUAUCCAGUGGAACGUCUUGCUUUUUCUCAUGACAGAAAAUACCUUGGUAGCAUUUCACAUGAUAAUACAUUAAAGUUAUGGGAUCUGGAUGGCUUGCUGGAAUCCGGAUCUAAUGUGCAAAACCAUUCGACUAUGUCAGACACUGAUAGUGAUGGGAUGGAUGUUGAUAAUAGUACCUCAAAAUCAUGUAAAGGUACAAAAAGGAAAAGUGCUAGCAAAGGGUCAAAUUCAAGCAAUGUAAACAAUUUCUUUGCGGAGUUGUAGUCGUACCUACCAUAC